UUUACUUAUUUUUUUAUAUAUAAUAAGCAUUGUCGUCUUUACUUUGUUGCAUCCCUCAAAACAAGGAUAAUCUUUUUUAGCAUAAUACAUACAUUAUUAUAUUACUAUGAUUGGUGUCUAUGGUCCAACUUCCAAUGAAGAUUUCCCAACUUUUUAUCAUUAUAUGUCAUUUUCAUGUUGGUUCUUCUAGCUCUAGGAGAGGCUGAGAGAGAGUACCCUUUACCUUUUCCAAUGACUUGCUGAUGAAAAGGAUUCACCUUUUCACGCACUUUUUGUUCCUAUAUAUGAAGAAUUUCAUGAAACAUGGGAGCAGGACAAACACAGAGUUUUGUGUCCCUAUUAUGUGCAUGUUGUAGAUAUAUAAAGAUGCAGAUUUUACAGUCUUAUUGUUUUUAGUAUCUCUUCUUGAGUGGGAAUUCUAUUCAAGCAGUGGAGUUUGGAUUACUUUGUUUAGGAGAGAGUAAAGCAAUUUUGAUUUUUCUGUGUUCCAGAGAGAUCAUUUUUGGUGGGUUUGAGAGAUUUUGAUGACUAAGUUUCAGGGUUUAUUGAGAUGGAGGGUGUAAUAGGGAGAGAAUUCCAAAUUUUUGGAACAGAAAGUUGAGUUUUUUUUUCCUUGGGAGAAAAGGCCUUUUAAGAGAGUCUACAAGCAUGGCUGUGGUGAGUCCUAUGAGUCCUGCUAUGGCUACAACUCCACACCAGGUCUAUCCCACCACGCCUCUUCGCGGAAGCGAGGUUCCAUUGAUCAUGAGUGGCCUGAGAGAAGCUGCAGAGGCAUCUAGUCCAAAUGUGGUUGAUGACAUUAUCCAUGUUGCUGUGGCAAAAGAUGUGAAAGAUAGCAGGUUGAAUCUGAUUUGGGCAAUACAGAAUUCUGGAGGAAAGAGGAUUUGCAUCCUUUAUGUUCAUGUGCCAGCAGCUACAAUCCCCAUAAUGGGUGCUAAUUUUCCAGAAAGUGCAGCCGGAGAGCAUCGAGUUCAAGAACAUCGAGAAAAUGAAGAGCAAGGCAUGCGUAAUAUUCUGAAUGACUAUCUUCUUAUCUGCAGAAGAAUGGGGGUAAAGGCAGAGAAACUGCAUAUUGUUGAUAAGGAUUGCAUUGAAAAAGGGAUUGUAGAACUUAUCUGCAAGCAUAAUAUCAAGAAGCUUGUGAUGGGAGCAGCUUCUGAUAAGUACCAUUCUAGGAGAAUGACAGAGCUCAGGUCUAGGAAAGCCAUUUAUGUGAGAGAAAAUGCUCCUGCUUAUUGUCAUAUACAGUUCAUCUGCAAAGGAUACCUCAUAUACACAAGGAAUCUCAGUUUGGAUGGAGGUAAUGUAGAGGUCAGGUCUCCUUUGGCACCUCAAACGCCUAGCCGUUCGCCUUCACUUGGACAACAAUUAUAUCGCCGAGUAAGAUCUGUUAAUGAAAGAAAUGGAGGGAGAAUGUCACUUGCUUCUCCAAUCAGGUUUCUCAUGCAACCAAACAGGUUUGGUAGAGAAGGAACUUCUAAUGGCUCAGAUGUACUGUCUAGGCCAGCAAGUCCUUUGGUUUCAUCAAGAAGUUCUGUUAAUUUCAUUAGUGAGCCAAGUGAGAAUGCAUCAGCCUUGAAUUCGAGUAGUCCUAAUGCGAUUCAAGCAUCUCCUAGCAGGCUGCAGGAUAGUGAAAUGGAUGAGACUCUCUAUGAUCAACUCCAACAGGCCAUGGCUGAAGCUGAGAAUGCAAGGCAGGAUGCUUAUCAAGAGAGUAUUAGGCGUGGGAAUGCUGAAAGGAAUGCCAUUGAAGCGAUUCGCAGGGCUAAAGCAGCUGAAAUGAAGUAUGAAAAGGAGGUGAAAUUGAGGAAAGAAUUAGAGGAAGCAAUAAAAAGAGAAAAGGAAGAAAUAGAUUGCAUGAAAAGCCAAAGAGAGAAGCUUAAUGAAGAACUCCAACAUGCCUUGCACAAGAAUUCAUUGCUAGAAAGUAAAAUUGCAUCAACUCAACUUAUGUUAGAGGAGUUAGAUCAGAAGAACAAAUCUGCUAUGGACACAUUAGAAAAGUACAAGCAAGAGCGCGAGGAUUUGCAAACACAGCGCGAUAAUGCCUUGAAAGAAGCUGAGGAGUUGAGGAGAGAAAAACAAGGAGAGGCCUCAACCUCACAUGUAUUUCAACUCUUCUCAGAAUUUUCUUUUGCUGAGAUUAAAGAAGCUACCAAUAACUUCAGUCCAUCCCAAAAGAUUGGAGAAGGUGGAUAUGGAAGUAUAUAUAAAGGUAUCCUUCGCCAAACCGAGGUAGCUGUGAAAAUGUUAAGCCCUGACAGCAAGCAAGGACCUAAAGAGUUUCAACAGGAGGUUGAGGUACUAAGCAAGUUAAGGCAUCCCAAUCUGAUCACACUAAUAGGAACCUGCCCAGAAUCUUGGACUCUUGUCUAUGAGUAUUUAUCCAAUGGAAGCCUAGAAGAUCGUCUCAGCUGCGAGGAUAACACACCUCCAUUAUCAUGGCAAACUAGAAUUCGCAUUGCUGCAGAAGUGUGCUCUACUCUAGUGUGUCUCCAUUCUAAUAAACCUCACAGCAUAGUUCAUGGUGAUUUAAAACCAGCCAACAUUCUCCUUGAUGCUAACCUUGUUAGCAAGCUAAGUGACUUUGGAAUCUCAAGAUUACUAUCGUGUCGCGAGGAUUCUACUACACAGUUUUGGAUAACUGAUCCAAAGGGAACUUUUGCAUAUAUGGACCCUGAAUUCUUUGCUUCAGGGGAACUUACACCAAAGUCAGAUGUUUAUUCUUUUGGAAUCAUAUUACUAAAACUGUUGACUGGUAAACCAGCUGUGGGAAUAGCAAAGGUAGUUGAAUCUGCUUUAGUUGCUGGAAAGUUGAAUUCUCUCUUGGAUCCCUUGGCCGGAGACUGGCCAUUAGCACUGGCCGAAAAGCUUGCUCGCUUGGCUUUGAGGUGUUGCGAAAUGGAGCGAAGGAACCGGCCGGAUCUUCAUCUGGAAGUAUGGAGAAUACUUGAACCUAUGAAGGCUUCUUUGAGUGGAGAAAACACAUUAGGACUUGGUUCUCAAGAGCUUUGCCAACCCCCUCCUUAUUUCAUUUGUCCAAUUUUCAAGGAAGUCAUGCGAGAUCCUCACAUGGCAGCAGAUGGUCAUACUUAUGAAGCCGAGGCCAUACGAGGAUGGCUGGACAGCGGCCGCGACACUUCGCCGGUGACAAAUUCUAAGCUUGUAAUGCACAAUCUUGUUCCUAACCAUGCUCUCCGCUAUGCAAUCCAAGACUGGCUUGAAAGCUGAAAGUACCUGAACAAGCUUUGUCAAGUUUACUCUGCUCAUUUUUUGAUUAAAUUGUAAGGAUCUAUCUUGAUCCUUAUACCAAGUUUUUAGGGGAGGUUUUCUAAGGUAGAAACUCAAGUGCAGUUAAUUUCAUGUGAAGUUGAUAGUGGAGAAUCGUUAAAUGAUUUGACAGGUUUGACUAAAUUGUCAUUUAAUAGCUCUGGACUAUCAAUUUUAUUCGAAGUUAACUGCACCUGAAUUUUUUACCUUUAUCUAAUUGCAUGUUCUGUCAGCACUCUUUGGUGUUACAUAUAACUUUACUUUUGUAUAGUUUUUAUAUCAAUGUAAUUUCAUUAUGGUAAACAAAUAUGUAGCAUAUAUUGCUAUACUUAUAUUA